AUGCCUGCAUUUGUCGAUUUUUGCUCGUGGUCACAAGAGUCACUGCAACCUUUCCACAAGUUGGUCAAGAACAGCGCUUACUACAGCCGCUACCAAACCAAGUACAAGCGCAGACGUCAAGGCAAGACCGACUACUACGCCCGUAAGCGCCUCAUCACCCAGGCCAAGAACAAGUACAAUGCGCCCAAGUACCGCCUGGUCGUCCGCUUCACCAACAAGGACAUCAUCAUGCAGAUCGUGUCUGCCGAGAUCACUGGCGACAAGAUCUUUGCCUCGGCCUACGGCCAUGAGCUCAAGGCCUACGGCAUCAAGCACGGCCUGACCAACUGGGCCGCCGCCUACGCCACCGGUCUCCUGGUUGCCCGCCGUGCCCUGUCUAAGCUCGGCCUUGACAAGGACUUCCUCGGUGUCGAGGAGGCCGAUGGUGAGUUCACCCUCACCGAGGUUGCCGAGACCGACGACGGCCCGCGCCGCCCCUUCAAGGUCUUCCUCGACGUCGGUCUUGCCCGCACCUCCACCGGCGCCCGUGUCUUUGGUGCCAUGAAGGGCGCCUCGGACGGUGGCAUCCUCGUCCCCCACUCUGAGAAGCGUUUCCCCGGCUAUGACAUGGAGUCGGAGGAGCUGGACUCCGAGGUCCUCCAGAAGUACAUCUUUGGCGGCCACGUCGCCGAGUACAUGGAGACUCUGGCCGACGACGACGAGGAGCGCUACCAGAGCCAGUUCCAGAAGUACAUCGACGACGGUCUCGAGGCCGACGGCCUUGAGGACCUCUACACCGAGGCCCACGCCGCCAUCCGCGCCGACCCCUGGAAGAAGGCGGAGAGCGACGGCCCCAAGAAGACCAAGGAGGAGUGGAAGGCCAUCUCCAAGAAGUACAGACAGACCAAGUCCACCAAGGCCGAGAAGGAGAAGCGCGUCCAGGAGAGGAUCAAGGCUAUUCUCGCCGAGGAGUAA